AUUGACAACCAAACAGGCCCCUAAGGGCCUUUACGGGAGAAUGGCAAAGUAAAUAAUUACUAAAGCCUUGAGCAUUGACCAUUGAAUUUGAGGUCCAUCAGCAUCGGGACUUCUUUCGUCUCGUAGUUCUGGAAUUCCGAUCAGCCAACGUCGGAUUGCUUAGCAAUGUUAUGAGUGUCUUCUAUAACAGAACUUCAUAGGUUUAACUCGCCAUCCAUUUGGCGCGGCCGCCAGAGAUUCUUCCCGGAAAAAUACUACUACCUUUUUUCGAUUCAUCUGGAGAGAAAUAGCAUACUAAUCUAUUCCCGGUGUAUUUAUUUUCUUAAAUAUUCGAUUCCAAGAAGAAACGUGACAUCCGUUUGUAGCUCACUGUGAAUACUAUUUGGAUUUGGAUUAUCGUGAUCACAUCGGAAAAGGGUUCCUUUCUUGGAAUUAGGAUUGGAGCUGAAGGAAUAACAUGGGGAAUGUAUUCGUGAAGAAACCCAAAAUUACUGAGGUGGAUAAGGCAAUACUUUCUCUUAAGACCCAAAGGCGCAAGCUUGGUCAAUAUCAGCAACAGUUGGAGGCUGUCAUUGAUGCUGAGAAGCAAGCUGCAAAGGAUUUACUUAGAGAGAAGAGGAAAGAUAGGGCCUUGCUAGCUUUAAAGAAGAAAAAAGCACAGGAGGAAUUAUUGAAGCAAGUGGAUGCCUGGCUAAUUAAGGUUGAGCAGCAGUUGUCAGAUAUUGAGUUGACUAGCAAGCAGAAGGCUGUGUUUGAGAGUUUAAAGGCUGGAAGCAAUGCAAUUAAAGCUAUGCAGAGCGAGAUCAACUUGGAUGAUGUACAGAAACUAAUGGACGACACUGCUGAGGCAAAAGCAUAUCAAGAAGAAAUUAAUGCAAUACUGGGAGAGAAGCUAUCAGCAGAAGAUGAAGAGGAAAUUUUGGCAGAAUUUGAGUCUCUCGAAGCCCAGAUGGCACUUCAAGAUCUGCCAGAAGUUCCGUCCGCAGUUACACCUCCUCCAGGAAAGGAUGAAGAAAUAUUGGAUCUUCCUGAUGUACCAACCAAACCACCGGCUGCCCCAGUUGCUGAAGAUGGUGUGAAGGAUCAAAAGAAAGUUUUGGAAGAACCUGUACUUGCUUGAGGAGGGAUUUGAGAAAUUUCGUCAGAAACUUCAUCUAGUCCAGGCACGCACAUAUUUGGCUGUUUCAUGAAGACAUUUGUGAAGCCGGGAUAUUGUUGCCUGACAGCUUUGUGCAGCUUGGGUUGUAUUUGGGAUUCCUUUUGUAUUUUACUUGUUUUUGGGUUUUCUGAUGGAUUCUUUGGAAUAUGUACAAUGGUAGCUGGUAAGGUUUUCUAAUAGUAACAUGUAACUGCAAUCUGUCAUCUGUGUACAGCAGCAGAUGUUGCCAUAAUUCUAAUGUCAUUUUGAGUUAGAGAAAAUUGUGACAGUGGAGUUGAGAACUUUUCCUCAGUUUUUUCAUAAUGAAAUAAACUGUAUAUAGUUUAUUAUUGGCUGAAUGGAGU